CAAGGCGUACGGCGAGCUGGCGGCGUCGACGGAGGAGGACGUGGAGGCGGCCGUGGCGGCGGCAAAGGCCGCCUUUCCAGCUUGGGCCGCCACGCCCGCUGCCACCCGCUCGCAGCUUCUGCUGAAGGUGGCAGAGCUGGUCGACGCACGUGCCGCCGCCUUUGCUGCCGCCGAGAGCUAUGACAACGGCAAGCCCGUGGCCCUCGCCGCACGGGUCGACAUCCCGCGGCUGGCGCACAACUUCCGCUUCUUCGCCACCGCCAUCCUGCAUGCGACGGACAAGUCGACCGUAAUCGACGGGCCGCCCGGUCCGGCCGUCAACUACACCGUCUCAUCGCCUGUCGGCGUCGCCGGCCUCAUCUCGCCCUGGAACCUGCCCAUCUACCUACUCUCCUUCAAGAUUGCGCCGUGCAUCGCCGCAGGCAACACAUGCGUGUGCAAGCCGUCCGAGUUCACUUCGCUCACCGCCUUUCUCCUUUGCGACAUCCUCAACGAGGCCGGCAUUCCGCCGGGCGUCGUCAACAUGGUCUUUGGCGACGGGCCCGGUGCCGGCGCCCGCUCGUCGCACACCCGGACGUCCCACUCGUCUCGUUCACAGGCUCCACCGCCACCGGCGAGCGCAUCGCCAAGGCCACCGCCCCGCAUGUCAAGAAGCUUUCGCUUGAGCUAGGCGGCAAGAACGCCAACAUCGUCUUUGCCGACGCCGACAUCGACGCCGCCGUCGCCGGUGCAGUCAAGGCCUCGUUCGCCAAUCAAGGCCAGAUCUGCCUCUGCGGCUCGCGCCUCUUUGUCGCAAACUCUAUCUACGACAUAUUCAUGGCCAAGUUCCUCGCCGCCGUCGCCGCUCUCAAAACCGGUGAUCCGGCCGACCCCGCGUCGAACCUCGGCGCCCUCGUCUCGGCUCAGCACAAGGAGAAGGUGCUCUCGUACAUUGCGCUGGCGGUCGAGGAGGGCGGGUCUCUGGCCGCAGGCGGGCCUGACCCACCGGCCGAUAUUCCGUCCCAUCUCGCCGACGGCUACUACGUCUCUCCCACCGUCGUCACUGGCCUCGACAUGAGUGCGCGCUGCAACAACGAGGAGAUCUUUGGUCCCGUCGUCGGCGUCAUCCGCUUUGACGACUCAUCCGCAGACGCCGGUGCUGCCGCCGUCAUUGCUGACGCCAACGCCGUCGCGUAUGGCCUCUCAGCCUCGGUCUGGACCUCCGAUCUCACCCGCGCUCACACUGUGGCCCAGGCUCUCGACGUUGGAACUGUCUGGAUCAACUGCUGGCUCGUCCGCGACUUGCGCGUUCCGUUUGGCGGGCAGAAGCACUCGGGCGUCGGCCGUGAGGGCGGCGAGUACUCGCUCGAAUUCUACACCGAGCAGAAAACGGUGUGCAUCAAGCUGUAGUGCUUGCUCGGCUCGGUUCAGUUGAGUUCACCACGUAAACCAACUCUUUUGCAAA